GUUCUCUCAGUCCUCACCGUCCAGGAGUCCCCCCUGAGCUGCCAGUCUUUCCCCCCGACGGUAGCCCAUUCUUCCAACCACUCAUAGUCACCAUGGCGUCCUUCGCCAAUCCCACGCAGAUCUUUGCGGAAGAUGUCAUCGAAGAGAAGGGUGAGAAUGCUCGUCUGUCCGCCUUCGUCGGUGCUAUCGCCGUCGGUGACCUCGUGAAGAGCACCCUUGGUCCCAAGGGAAUGGACAAGAUCCUCCAGUCAGCGUCGACCGGAGACAUCCUCGUUACGAAUGACGGUGCUACGAUCCUGAAAUCUAUCGCUCUCGAUAACGCCGCGGCUAAGGUCUUGGUCAACAUCUCCAAGGUCCAGGAUGACGAAGUCGGUGACGGUACCACCUCCGUCACUGUGUUGGCGGCGGAGUUGCUGCGGGAGGCCGAGAAGUUGGUGAACCGCAAGAUCCACCCUCAGACCAUCAUCGAAGGUUACCGGAUAGCUAGCAAGGCCGCUCUGGAGGCCCUCGAGAAGGCCGCUGUCGACCGUAGUGCCGACAUGGAGUCGUUCCGCAAAGACCUCCACUCCAUCGCUCGUACAACCCUCAGCUCGAAGGUCCUGGCCCAGGACCGUGACCAGUUCGCCACCCUCGCCUGUGACGCUGUUCUCCGUCUCCGCGGCUCGACCGACCUGAGCCACAUCCAGAUCAUCAAGAAGGCCGGUGGCAAGCUCAGCGACUCCUACCUCGAUGAGGGUUUCAUCCUUGACAAGAAGAUCGGUGUGAACCAGCCCAAGCGCUUGGAGAACGUCAAGAUUCUGGUUGCCAACACUGCCAUGGACACGGACAAGGUGAAGAUCUUCGGUGCACGGGUCAAGGUCGAGUCGACCGGCAAGCUUGCGGAGCUUGAGAAGGCGGAGCGCGAGAAGAUGAAGGCCAAGGUCGAGCGGAUCAAGUCUCACGGCAUCAACUGCUUCGUCAACCGUCAGCUGAUCUACAACUGGCCCGAGCAGCUGUUCACGGAGGCCGGUAUCAUGUCCAUCGAGCACGCCGACUUCGACGGUGUCGAGCGUUUGGCCCUGGUCACCGGUGGUGAGAUCGCCUCGACGUUUGAUCACCCCGAUCAGGUUAAGCUGGGUCACUGCGAUGUCAUCGAGGAGGUCAUCAUCGGUGAGGAUACCCUCAUCAAGUUCUCGGGCGUGGCUGCCGGUCAGGCAUGCACCAUCGUUCUCCGUGGUGCCACGGAGCAGCUGCUCGAUGAAGCCGAGCGCUCUCUCCACGACGCCCUGGCUGUCCUGUCUCAGACCGUCAAGGACCCCCGGGUCACCCUGGGUGGUGGCUGUGCCGAGAUGGUCAUGUCCAAGGCCGUUGAGCAGGCCGCACAGAACACGACCGGCAAGAAGCAGCUGGCCGUGGAUGCGUUUGCGUACGCUCUGAAGCAGCUCCCUACCAUUCUGGCCGACAAUGCUGGUCUGGACUCCAGCGAUCUGGUUACGCGUCUACGACAGGCGAUCAACAACGGCAUGACCAGCUCCGGACUGGACCUGCUCACCCCUGGCGGUGGCAUUGCUGACAUGCGCGAGUUGGGCGUUGUGGAGAGCUACAAGCUGAAGAAGGCGGUGGUGUCUUCCGCGUCGGAGGCUGCAGAGCUUCUCCUGCGUGUCGACAACAUUAUCCGGGCCGCCCCCCGGAGACGCGAGCGUAUGUAAGGGACGAGGGAGAUGUCAAGUAAAUAUCCAAUAUUAUGCGAGCGUGGAAAAUAAUGUGAACUCGGUUCGAGCCAAAAUGGUCAGGGAGGUGGAUAUCCACCGGGUGCUAUACGGAGCGUAAUCACCAUGUUAUAGAUCUUUAUGACAAACCAUCUGACGAUCUCUGGAACUUGUGGGAAUUCAUCUGUUGCCUUUUUGCUCCAGUAUGCCAUUGGUUGGGGCUGUGUAAGAAGGCCGGUGCUCCACGCCGAACAGUAGCUUGAGC